GUUCCGUGUGCUUGUUCUCUUUCGAGCUAAGGCCGAUUAUUAUAAAACCUUAAUUUUUGGCAACUUGCACCAAUUAUUAAAUAAGCAAACAGUUUAACAAUGUCGACAAAAGCUGAGCUCGCAUGCGUCUACGCCUCCCUCAUCCUGGUUGAUGACGAUGUCGCCGUCACCGGUGAGAAAAUCUCGACCAUUCUGAAGGCCGCCAAUGUUGAGGUCGAGCCCUACUGGCCCGGUCUGUUCGCCAAGGCGUUGGAGGGCAUCAAUGUCAAGGACUUGAUCACCAACAUUGGCUCCGGCGUUGGCGCUGCCCCAGCUGGCGGUGCUGCUGCACCCGCUGCUGCCGAUGCGCCCGCCGCGGAGGCCAAGAAAGAGGAAAAGAAGAAGGAGGAGGAGUCCGAUGUCUCCGACGAUGACAUGGGCUUCGGUCUGUUCGACUAAGCCACAGCAGCAGCAGCAGCAAGAAUCAUACAACGCCAACAACAUCCGUCGCGUGUGUGAAGUGAAGUUUUUAUUCUCCCCAAUUUUCGUACACGUUUUAAUGUACAGAUGCGAGGAAAUAUAAAAUGUUAACUACAA